GUCGUGGCCCACACGUGAGUCACACGUCUUACUUUUUUGUUGUUGUUGUUGAUUAAUGACAGCCACAGUUCGGUCGUCGCUAUAAUCGAAUCGCAGACGCCACUUUGGAGCUUGUUAGUAGAACAUAUUCCAAAAAGCGUAAUACGGAAGUUACAAGUUGCGUCUUCUCCCUGUGGGGUUUUUUUUUGGGUUCCAGCAGACAUGGCAGCAGCUGACGUCAUCCCCCACCAGAACGUGGUCCAGAGGGUGACCAGCCUCCCUCUGGUGAGCUCCACCUACGGCCUGGUGUCCAGCAUGUACUGCACCACCAAGGACACCCACCCGUACAUCAGGAGCGUGUGCGAGGCCGCCGAGCACGGGGUCCGCACCAUCACCUCCGUGGCCCUCACCACCGCGUCGCCCAUCAUGGACAAACUGGAGCCUCAGAUUGCCAUUGCCAAUGACUUUGCCUGUAAAAGUUUGGACAAGAUUGAGAAAACCUUGCCGAUUCUCCAGCAGCCCUCGGAGCAGAUCGUUUCCAGUGCCAAGGAUGUGGUGGUCACGGCUAAAGGUGUCGUCACAGGCAAAGUGUCGAGCGCCAAGGACACGGUCUCGGACACACUGACCAGCGUGGUGGAGCGGACCCGGGGUGUGGUGCAGGGCGGGAUGGAGCGGACCAAGACCGCCGUCAGCGGGAGUGUCGGCACAGUGCUGGAGAGCAGAGUGGCCCGGCUGGUCAGCAGCGGCGUGGACACUGCCCUCAGUACGUCCGAGAGCCUGGUGGAGCAGUACCUGCCUCUGACGGAGGAGGAGCUGGAGCUGGAAGCAAAAAACGUGAAAGGCUUCGAUAAGAGGAAGCUGAGCUACUAUGUCCGACUGGGUUCCCUCUCCACGAAGCUGAGGAAGCGGGCGUACACCAGGGCCGUGGCCAAAAUCCAAGAUGGCAAGCAACGUAGCGGGGAAUUCAUCUCCGAGCUCAACGCCACCGUGGAUGUGAUUGAAUACGGCAGAAAGAAUAUUGGCGGUGCAAACCAGAUUGUGAGUGACAAGCUAAACUCUUUGGCGACGUGGAAGUCCAGGAGUCCAGACCAGGAGCGUGGUCAUGAGGCAGAGGUAAUAGAGUCUCACAUCUUAGCCCUGGCACAUUCCCUCACCCAGCGGCUCCAGACCACCUGUCUGGUCCUCGUCUCCGGCCUGCAGGGCCUCCCCAACCACAUCCAGCAGGAGGCCCUCUCCCUCGGCCGCUCUGCAUCACACGUCUACACCGUCUUCAGCAAGGCCAAGGUGCUGGGAGACCUGCCAGACAGCAUGCUGGCCAGCAGCCGAGCACAGCUGGGCAAAAUGACCGGCUCUCUCGACAACGUCAUGGAUUAUCUGGUCAACAACACGCCGCUCAACUGGCUGGUGGGUCCCUUCUACCCCCGCAUGGCCCCCGAGCAGAUUCACCCGCAGGCCUCCGCUGCCUGCUGCACGCCGCCUCCGCCGUCCGGCUCUCCCUCCACCCAGGACGUGGAGAUGAAGUCACUACACUCCCAGCAGCAAACGGCAGUGACCCAGUACAGCUUCUUAUUCUGAGUUUUAAGUACCAUCUGUGGCGAAACUUGUGACAAAUACUAAACUUGCUCACGUUGAAGACCCUGAACACAUAAGGGGGUAAAGCUCUGGCGUAGUUAAUUUCGCUGUAAUCAUGUCACUGUAACGAUGCAAAAUUGUAUUACUAAAAUACUUGCAAGCCAAUCUGUCAAAACCCAACCCUGUGCCCAUUUCAACAUAAACGUUGAUGAAACUGCU